GGAAGAAUCAGAAAACAACUGCAACUGGAGUUACUGGGAGAGUAUAGCUGGCUAGAUUGAUGUGUUCUUUUUUCCAUCUAGAGAACAGACUCUUUUCCCUAAAAGCAUCCGUUCCAACUCUUACUCUGUCAAGAUGUCUGGAAACCAAAGCAACACAAGUGAAAACCAUUGUGAUUUUGACAAUAGUUUGAUCAUCACUCUGGUUCCACCCUACAUCCUGGUCAUCAGCGUGCUUGGAAUCAUCUUUAAUGUGUAUGUGCUGAUGGUUUUCUGUCUCCACAAGAAGGCCUGCAAUGUGGCUGAGAUAUACCUGAGCAACCUGGCUGGAGCUGAUCUUGUUCUGGUGUGCUGUUUGCCCUUCUGGGCUGAAAAUGUAAGAAAGAGGUACGACUGGCCUUUCAGUGAAAGCCUGUGUAAAGUGUCAUCAGCUGUUAUCUACAUGAAUGCCUUCUGCAGUAUUUACUUCCUUGUUCUGGUUAGCAUAGAUCGUUAUGUGGCCCUGGUGCACCCGCUUUCCCAUGAGAGGAUACGCCGGCCGUUUUAUGCCAAAUUGGGAUGUCUGUUUGUGUGGGGUCUUGGCUUGGUCUUUGCUCUCCCCAUAUUCAUCUACAGGAAGUUAGAAUUCAAGUCUCAGUCAAAUCUUACUGGAUGUGAACUUGACUUCAAUGAACAUCAAUAUGUGGCAUAUGAGGUGAUAACCAUAAUUUUCAGCUUCAUCAUCCCUAUUAUCAUUAUUUCCUUCUGCACUGUCAGAAUUUUUCAGUCACUGAGUAACAGGCUAAUGGAGGGUUUAAACACUAAGAAAAUGGAGCAGAAGGCCACCACUCUUAUCCUGGCAGUUCUCCUGGCAUUCCUGAUUUGCUGGGUGCCAUUCCACGUGACAAAGAUACUAGAUGUGCUCCGAUACACUCGCAUUCUGAAAUGUAACAUCACACAGACCAUCGUCCAACAGGUCUCUGUGUACUUUGCCUUCUUCAACAGUGUCCUUAACCCCAUUCUCUACGUCAUUGCUGGAAAAAACUUCAGAAGAAGAGCAAAGGAACUCUCCAAGCAGUGGAACAAUAAGACAACAGAAACAUUCAGCCUCAUGUCAACUCGCAUGACGACUCUGAGGCUGACAAAGUCUCAAGCUGCUCUGUGAUCUUUUGAGUUUUGAUGUGUGCUUCGAUUAUUUUAAAUUAACUGGGUGAUUAUUGACCCAAGCAUGAGAAAGAAAAAUAUUUAGGCAAUCUGAAUAUAUGGGGUUUAUUUAACAUUGUUUAUUACACCGUUUCUCCAGAAAGUAGUAGUAAGGUUUGAGUGCCUAGAGGGGUCCUGCUAUUUUUUUUUCCCUAAUUCUAUGCACAUACAAUACCAGGAAUUUGGUGGAUAUCCAUAUUAAAGAAGCAUAUUUGAAAGUAACACACAGUCUCUGGAGCAUUUAGAGUCUUGGCUCUGCAUAAUGUCAGUGAGAGUGAUAUCCUUGAUAUUAUCAUCUCAGGUAUACAGCUCUGGCUGUGAACACAACAGUCCCAACCACCGACUAUUUAAGUCAUGCUCAGAAUAAAGUUGGCUUAGAGAGAAGAAGCUGCAACAGCAAGAAUGAACUAAGAGGUGUUACUAAAAGCCAAGAUUAAUAAGGAUUAACUAGGACUGUUAAUCAGGCAAAGUUAGAAAGAAAUUGAAAACAUUAUCUUUUAUUCUUUUGGGCAGUGUUCCCCGUUUCUGGAGAAUGUGAUGAAGAAGUGACUAAUGGAAGAUACAUGUACUGUUCAGUGCCCUGAACACACACACACACACACACACACACACACACACACACACACACACACACACACACACACACACAAAUAUAAUCCACAUCUUUUGUUUUACAUCAAAAGUUCAAACAACAAGGGUGGGGUUGCUUUCAAAGCCAAUGAUCCAGCUUUCUCUUAACAUCAUUUGAGACAUGAAUCUGAAUCUGCCAUUCUACUGCUUGAAUUUUUUUUAAAUUCAGUUAUAUUUUGCUUUCAGAUCUAAUGCAAUAAUAACACUGCUACAUAAUUGAAUAGCAUUACCACAUUUAUUCUAUAUUACAUAAGUAAUGGACACAAGCUAAUAUAAUGGAACAACUAUACAAAGGAGAUGAAAGAAGGUUAACAGCGUUAAUAGCAUUAACACAAGAUUUUAAUGGUUAGAUGUUCCACACUGUACAUGUGAGUGCUCAAAUGUCUCUGUUCUGCAACAUUAUGCGGUUUUACUGCUACUGACUUCGAAUACUUUAGUGAUGAACUGUAAACCACCAAACCUGUUGUGCUGCGCAGUAUUUCUUACUGUUGUAUAUUACAUUGUAAAGUAUUCCUUUCCUACUCCUGUGACUCCAAAAAGACAUUUUAACCUACCAAUACUGAAGAACUACCUGCACACUUUAUUAGUUUUUGCAUGUAUGUAUCAGUAUAUGAAAAACAGCGAAUUGUAUGCCUCGUACACAAACUUCGCUUUUACUGACAGCUUCUGUGUAUGUAUUGUGAAACAUUUAUACAGUGAACUUGCAAUAUAUCACCUUGCCAGAUCAGUGUAAAUACAAAAACUCAAUAAUCCUCAUUUAUUGGCAUCUUCUGUAAUCCGCUGUGAUAAAUAAACACCAUCUACACACCA